AUGGAGCCGGGCGAGCUGCCGGCGGAUCUGACCGUCGCACACGCGGACCGCGUCGACGUGGUUGUCGACGACGCGCCGGACCGCGCACCCGCUGACGUGGCGGCGAGGGAGCGCGAGUGGAGCGGCGAGGGCGGGCGGCGCGCGUGCGGCGAUAGGGCGAGCGGCGAUCGCGCGUUCCAGUGGCUGCUGGCGCCCGUGUCGCCCGCGCGGUUCUACGAGCAGUGGUGGGAGCGCCGCGUGGGCCUCGUGCUUCGCCCGCUCAGCAGGUUGGAGUACUACGGGGGGUGGUUCGGGCGUGCUGACGUGGACAAGCUAUUGAGGGCGGGCGUGCUGCGCUAUGGCACCAACAUCGAUGUCGUGCGGUACAGUGCGGUGCACGGCGGUGCACGGGAGACGCUUAAUGGGGAGGGCGUGGCAGACGCGGAGAGGGUGUGGGCGUUGUUCGAGAGCGGGUGCUCGCUGCGAGUGCUGCACCCGCAGCUGUGGAGCGACCACCUGUGGCUGCUGCUGGGCGCGCUGGAGCACCACUGGCAGGGCAACGUGGUUGCGCACGUGACCAUGUGUGCAGGCCAUCAUGUCGCACUCUGUCAAGUCGCAGCAUGCACACCAGUGCGCCCACUGCCACGGGCGCCCACUGCCGCGGGUGGCUACUCUUUCAUGCCGCAGCUCACCUGCUUCCUCGCAGUUACCUCGCUGCAACCAACCACCGCACCACUCGCCCACUCCCAUCCCAUCUCUCACCACCCUCACUCACGCGCACGCUGCAACGUGUACCUGACCCCGCCGGCAUCGCAGGGUUUCAGCCCGCACUACGAUGACAUCGAUGCCUUCGUGCUGCAGAUCGAGGGGUGCAAGCGCUGGCGCUGCUACCAGGGGGUCAAAGGGGAGCAGGAGGAUGGCGAGGACGAGGACGAGAACGCAGGGGAAGGGGACAGGGAUGGUGAGAGGGGGGACGAGGAGGCAGGGGGGGAGGAGGGGUUGCUGCCGCGCUUUUCGAGUCGGGAUUUCCAGCAGCAGGAGCUGAUACAGCCGCCCAUUCUGGAUGUGGUGCUGCGCCCGGGCGACCUCCUGUACAUGCCGCGGGGCAUCAUACACCAGGCAGAGGCAGUGGACCACCAGCACUCGCUGCACCUCACCAUCUCCGCCUCACAGCGCAACACAAUGGCAGACUUUCUGCACCUCGCACUGCCGCGUGCCAUAGAGGUAGCAGCAGAGGAGCACGUGCUGCUGCGGCACAGCCUGCCACGCCACCUCUUUGACUUCAUGGGCGUCAUGCACGCCCCGCCACUCCCUGACACUCCCAGCAACAGCAACGGCAACGGCGACAGCGACGGGGACGACUCGCCAACGCACCUGAGCAAGCAUGCUGCUGGAGGGGAUCCGCGGCGUGCUGCGUUCCUGCAGCGCGUGCAGCAGGCAGUGCACCUCGUGGCUGCAUGCGGCCCCUGGGACUCCGCCGCUGACCAGAUGGCCUCCGCUUUCCUCCGCUCUCGCCUCCCCCCCUUCCGUGCGUCCGCUCUCUCCGCCUCUGCGCCCACUGCCUCUCAGCAAGCCCAGGGGGGACGUGGGACGGGUGCUGGGGCAGUGGGCAAGGGGCAAGGGGGAAAGGUGCAGAAGAAGUCGCGUGUGAGGGUGAGCGUGGAGGGGGGGUGUCGGUUGGUGGUGGAGGAUGGAGUAGCGGUGGUAUACCACAUGAUGGACAACAGGAGAGAGGUGCACAAUAAGGGGGAGGAUUCCGGCGUGGAGCAAGGGGAAGGGGAAGAGGAGGAAGUGAAGGAUGAUGGUGAAGAGACGAGGAUGUCAGGAGCGGUGGAGGAGGGUGCUACUGCGAUAGACCGAGCGCGAGUCAAUUCAGGGGAAUCGGCCAUGUGCUUAGAAGACAAAGAGGACGACGAGGAAGAGGAGGAAGAGGAGGAGGAAGGGGCAAGCGGCGAGGGGCGGUUGGAGUUUGAGCUGCAGUGGGCGGAGCUACUGGAGGAGGUGGUGCAGCUGGAUCAAGGCACUGCGCUGGGGCCACUGCUCAAACGCCUCUCUGCUGACUGGGAGGGGCCUGCCGCUGCUGCCACGGCUGGCAUGCUUAGUGUUGUGCAGGUGCUUGUGGACCAUGGGGUGCUUGAAAUAGUGGGCUAG